CUGUGCGAUAAAACGAUAACGAUAAUUAUCGCGAAAUAACUUUUUCUCGAUAGAACAAUAAGACAUAGUCGAUAAAUCUUCGAUAUAACUUGUUCCAGGAAUGUUUCUGACAGACAACGGAAACAGCCAAUGAGAUUAAGAGUAGCGCCACGCUGAACCAAUCAUGUGGCUGGAAUAGAGCUACGUCGGGUUUGGUUGACGCCCACAGCUUUCCCCACCCGGGGCGAGUAGGUCACACGCUAAUGUUUGGGCUUCUGCAGAGCUGCACGCUGCUAUGCUAAUUAGCUAACGCUAGCUAGCUAAGAGCUAGAGUAACAAAAAGGAAAUAAAAUGGAGACGGAAAACGUUAAAAAAACCUCAAGCGACAGCAUUACCCAGGUAGACCCCCCAACCAACACAGCCCAAGGCUCAAAUGAUGAGGAAAUCGUUGAAAAAAAUGGUCCGACGAAUUCGGUUGUGUGGAGGUAUUUUGGAUACUUAAAGUCGGACAAGAGGCAAAGCAGCGUUCACUGCAGACUGUGUCGCAAGCAUGUUCCCACAAAGACAGGUAAUACUACCAAUCUUUUUUACCAUCUGAAGCAGUGCCAUACUUUAGAGCACACGGAAUGCAAGCAUUUACAGUCCCAGAUCAAAGCAAGCACCGGUGGUCCAUCUAAAACAACAACCAGUGUGAUGCCCAUGCAACAGCAGACCGUAGUGUCUGCUUUCUCCGCCGCGAUGCCAUACAACAAAAAAACGAAGAGACACGGUGAUAUAACAAAUGCGAUAACCUAUUUUAUUGGAAAAGAUAUGAUGCCAAUAAACACGGUUGAAAAUGACGGAUUUAAGCGGCUGAUAAAAGUACUUGACCCCCGUUACCAACUACCUGGCCGUAAACAUUUCUCUCACACGGCACUUCCCCAGCUAUACACGGAGUGCAGAGAGAAAGUUGAAAACGAACUGCAAAGUGUGUCCUACUUCGCGACCACGUCAGAUUUGUGGUCAAGUCGCACUUCCGAACCUUAUUUGAGCCUCACUGCCCACUUCAUUGACAAUGACUGGAAUUUGAAAAGCAAAUGUCUUCAAACCGCCUACUUUCCUGAAGACCAUACAGGCGAAAUAAUGGCUUUAGGACUGGCAGAAGCACUUGCAUCCUGGGGACUAAGUGAAGCCAAACAAGUCUGCAUCACAACAGACAGUGGAACAAAUAUAGUAAAGGCAACAUCAAUUAACAACUGGACACGGCUGCAGUGCUUCGGGCAUGUACUUCACUCUGCUGUUGGUAAGUUGAUGAGAAGAAUUUUAUAUUUGUUGCGACUUAAAUUGCAUAUCCAACUCAGACAAACUGCAAGAAUGAGCUUGAAAUCUCACUAACUUUAAGCAUUAAGUGUAAGAGUAAAUUAAUAAUGAAACUGGAAAAUAGUGAUACACAGUUGGUUACUUUAAAGUUAAAAUUGAUUACAAAAAUGGUCAGUCUUUUAUUCAGAAGCUAAACUGAUUGUUUUAUUUUAAUGAA